UAUAUAAAAUAUGCAUGUAAUAGGAAAGCAAAGUAAGGGACAAAAUAGUGAAAGCGUACCCCCGCGCGAGUGAGUCACGCCUUUGAACUCAGGGGAUACAAAACAGCAACGGACGGGAAAUCUAGCCGUAAAAGACGAAAAGUGACACUUUUUAUCCGAGAAACUACCACCGCACAGGGCUGACAGGUACAACUCUGCUCUGGUUUGGAACGGUAACAUGGGAUGGACAGCUUAAGGAGCCAGAGUAGAAGCCACUGUGCUGGGACUUCGGGAAUGUCAGGAAAAGUUGUGACUGAAACAGUAACUACGGCAACCAGACUGACUUCUCUUCCACCGAAGGGCAACAGUAGCUCUGUCAGCAGCCAGCGGAUCGUGAGCACCAGCACUUCUGAGGGGGGGCUGGUGGAGCAGAAAAUCAUCACACACAGCAGCAAUGCAGGUGGGGUUUCCAUAGGAAUGUCUGGUGGAGGUGAAGGAGGAGGUUCUGCGGGAGGUGCUGCGCUGAGUGCUUCUGGGGGAGGCGUGGGGAGCAGCUUCGUAGGUGGUUCCAGAGGUGCCUCUGUGACUGGCUCUGGUGGGGGCGUGGUUACCAUGACUACAGUCACCACCAAGGGGAAUGCUAGCUCUGCUGGCAUGGGGGGCAUGAGGAGAGGUCAGGGCUCCUCCUCAUCUGCCAGCUACUCCUCUGCCGCUGCUGAGAAGAAGGCCACUGGCAUGUACUCGCUGGCUUACGAAGGAAGUUCAAGUGAAAAUUCCUCACCAGAAUACACGAGGAAAGAGUAUGCUUCCGCUAGUGCAGCCACAAGAGGGAGGAGUCAUAGCAGAGAGAGUGAAAUCAGAGCGAGAUUGCAGAGCGCCUCUCCCUCCACCAGAUGGACAGAGCUGGACGACGUGAAGAGGUUGCUGAAAGGCAGCCGAUCCAGCAGCAGCAGCCCUCCCCGGUCCCCCUCUAACACCCUCCCCAUCCCAAAGAAGGCCUCAGUGGACCCGCGAUCGGGGCAGUAUGAGAGCGGCACCCUGGACUCGAGCCAGGCCUCCUACACUUGGGCCAGCUCCACGCUGCCCCCAAACACCUCGGUGCUCAGUGGGUACGGCUACCAGACUAACCCCAACAACCUGUCCCUGGGCACCUCGCUGGUCCAUGCCUCCUCUCCCUCCGCUCUCUCAGGUGAGGUUUCUUUCCUUCGCAGGGCAUGA